GCUGAGACGCUGCGCGGCGGAGGAUCCGACGAACAAAGACUCCCGCGGGGCUCCUCGCAUGCCAGGACCCAUUGAUGACGCUGAAGACGCACUGCACACCGUGAGUAGUUCCACUUUUAAGUCGUCUGCGCAUGAGAGAUGGCCAUAGUUCCAUGACAAUGUAGCCCGUUUUUGACGGGGCCGCAGCAUGCUCAGGGUCUCAUCCUACUUUGCAUGUAAAGGGACUCAUUGAGGUCCCAGUAGCCUGGACCUCGUUAAUUUUCUGUGAAAUUGCCUAAUAUUAAAGACAGGGUUACUGAUUUGAUCCAUAAAUAUUUUAGUUAUGCUGGUUAAAAGUUUCCUUACAUCCUGAUAGCAAUCAUUGUCUAAAUGUAAUUUUAUCAAUAUAUAUCGAUCAGCCAUAACAUUAUGACCACCUGCUUAAUAUUGUGUAGGUUGUCCUUUACAAUGCAGGUUAAAAACACCUUAAGCCUUAUUAUUUAUUCAGGCUAGGAUAGUCGAACCUACCAAUUUCUGUCUGGAAUAAGUACAAUAAUCACUAUACCCCCAUCUAUCUGGCAAACUAGUGAUAAAUUACACUCACACCAAUCGGUCAUUAGACUUCCUCCGUGGGUCAUUCGUUACAGCUAAGGUUCUAGUAGACGCAUGCAAACAUUUUCUUGUCUUUUAUAUGUUUUAUUAAUACAAGUUUGUGAUAGUACAAAAAAUUGUUUUUCCAUUAAAAAAUAAAAGUACAAAAUCUAGUACCCUAUAUCAAAGUAAAAAGCUUCAGACUUUCAGAGACCGGAGAAGUGGAGGUCGCGUCCAGUUUCUGACUCAUCAAACCUUUAUCCUUUUAUAGACAAGUUGCCAAGUACGAAUUCCACUUCAGUGAGGUCACAGUUUUUGGGUAACGCCUUCAAAAGAAAUGCAUAAAUACGACUGUGUUUCUUUGUUCUCAGUCUUCAGGCUUGCCUUCGCUAUAUUCUUCUCUGUCGUGUCUGCAAGAUAUUCCAUCUGAUGUUAGGUAUGAAUGAAUACAGUCGGAGUUUCAGCAUGUGCAUGUGGAUGAUAAGGAGGGCAGCAGUGUGCAGUCACAUGAUGCAGUGAAGGGCUGAGAUGUGAGCGAUCGAGAGACUCAGUUCAGUUCAUUCUGCACUUACUCAUCAUCUUGUUUCAUGUUCAGGCUCUUUGAUUGGACAUCCUGUAGGAAGGAUGACUGGAAAAACUCAAACCAGCAACAUUACAAACAAGACGGAUCCUCGCUCUCUCAAUUCCAGGGUGUUUAUUGGUAACCUCAACACCACUGUGGUGAAGAAGACCGACAUUGAGCUCAUUUUCGCCAAGUAUGGAAAGAUCGCUGGCUGCUCUGUGCAUAAGGGCUUUGCUUUCGUUCAGUAUGCCAGCGAGAGGAACGCUCGCUCGGCGGUGGCCGGAGAGAAUGCCAGGGUACUUGCUGGACAAACCUUGGACAUUAACAUGGCCGGAGAGCCCCGUCCUUAUAGGCCAAAAGUGGGAUCAAAACGUCCCUUUUCCUUAUACAGUGGCUAUGAAUUUGAUUAUGAUUUCUACAGGGAUGAUUUUUAUAACAGGAUUUUUGACAUUCAUGGGCGAUUUGCACCUUCCCCUCGAGCUAUUUUACCUAUCAAGCAUUCACGUGUGGUCGCUCUCUCAACAACACGUAGGACGAAAAACUCUUUCCAGCCAAAGAUGUCCAGCUGCGCUUCUUAUCUUACAUCACUAUCAUCAGUAAAAUCUGAUCAGCUCCUGACAAUCAAACAAGAACUGUCUCAGAUCAAGCUGAAGAUUGACUCCUUACUGGGAAGGUUAGAGAAGAUUGAACGCAAGCAGUUUGCAGAGGCAGUGUCAGUGCAGGUAAUCGAAAAAAGCAGCAUUCAGUCUUCACUCAGAAAAAAACAAACAAAAACAUUAGAGGGCCACAGGAGGCAUGAAAAGGCCCAUCAAUCCCACUAUAGUGAGACAGCAGAGGAUUCUGGAGAAGAUAUGGAUCGGGAGCAUCAGGAAGGAAGGUCUUGGAAAGUGAUUGAUGAAGGUGAUGAUGGCUAUGCUGACAGUGUUACCAAUGAACUGAUUGAAAACCACAUAUCAGAUGUAGACAACUGAACAGGACUGAGACCAGCAUCUAUCAAGUUUUAUUUUUGAAGAUGUCUAUUUGGAAACUGUCAGCUUUUCUGUGUUAAACAUUUUAGUUUGAAUGUUUUUUUUAUUUAUGAAUAAAGAAAAUUGACCAAACAA